AUGGAAGUGGGAACGAGGGUGGUUCGAGGUCCUGACUGGAGAUGGUCAGACCAGGAUAAUGGCGAAGGACACCUCGGCACCGUGGUUACCAUAGGAAAGAGGUUCUCGAACCCAGCACAUCCGAAGAUCGUGGUGGUCUGCUGGGACAUGGGCAACGUUAAUGACUACCAGGCCGGCUUUGAUGAGAACUACGAUCUGCUCAUCUACGACAACGCCGCCGCAGGUGUGAAGCAUAAUGGUGUAAUGUGCGGUGAAUGCAAGGAGGAUGAUAUUGCCGGAAUGAGAUGGAAGUGCAGCUCGUGCCAGGACUAUGACCUUUGUAACAAAUGCUACAUGACAUCCAAGCACGACCUGAAGCACUCUUUUCUCCGAAUCAUCAUCCCCAAGUCUGCAGGAAAGCUGAUGUCACCUAGAGCAGCUUGUCGGAAGACUGAAGCAAAGGGAUCGUUUCCUGGAGCCAAGGUUUGCAGAGGAAGAGACUGGAAGUGGCAGGAGCAGGACGGUGGGUCAGGUCAUACUGGCGUGGUAUUUCGAGAGGCCAAUUGGGCCAAUAUCCAGCGCAGUGCCAUAGCAGUUCAUUGGGAAGUUGGGGGCGCCUAUGAAUACCGUGUGGGGCAUGAUGGGAAGGUCGACAUCAAGUGCCUCAAGGCAACAUCCGGGUACGCUUACUACAAGGACCAUCUGCCAAAAUUCGGUGAAUUCAACGCAUUAGAAAUUGGUGACCGAGUGGUUGUGAAGUUGGAUAAGGAUGUUCUCAAGCCGCUCCAAGAAAACCAUGGAGGCUGGGUGUCGGGAAUGGAAAAGUUCAUAGGAAAAGUAGGCCGGUUGGCGAGUCUCACGGCAAACAGUGACGUCAGGAUCAAGUACCCGAAUGGACAGAUGUUGAUCUUUAACACUGUUGCAGUCACUAAGCUGCCUUCGUUCAACACCGGAGACAAAGUGCGCGUAAUGUCUGACCAGGCUGCCGUGAAGGAGCUGCAGAAAGAACAUGGGGGAUGGAACAGUAAGAUGUCAAAGGCUCUUGGUGAGGAAGGGCGUGUCCUUAACAUCAAUGCAGACGGUGAUGUCAAGGUCAAUGUGGGUGGAGCAUUCUGGACCUUUAACCCGGAAGCACUAAGUAUGGUAGAACAGGGGACGGGGUCAGAUGGAAUCUUUGAGCAGGACAUCAGAGCAGGUGUUAUGGCGCAUUUGCUGAAGCAGCUGCUCGAUCCGCUUGGGCUCGUUGACUCAGAUGAAAUUCGACAGAUGAUGACUGCCGCAGCAACCGAAGCAGCAGCUAAUGAAGGAGAAGUAACUGCUCAGAGCGCCAAGGAGUUCAUCAAGGCCGUUAUGGAGGGUGAUGUGAAACGGGUUGCUGAAGCCCUCAAGAAAAACAAAGGAUUUGUAAAUGUGGUUGUCCAAGAGAACACACCCCUCCAUCUAGCUGCUUAUCAAGAUCACUUUCAGGUAGUCGAGUUACUAAUCAAGAAUGGAGCCAAACUCAAUGUCAAAGAUGACGAUGGUGACACUGCCCUAGCAAAUGCUGUCCAUCAAGAUAAUGCACGAAUUGUGAAGUACCUGUUAGACCACGGAUCCGACCCCAACACUACGAAUGUCAAGGGAGGAAGAAGUCCUCUUCAUAUCGGGGCGUCGAAGAACCAUACUCAGUGUGUGAGACUGAUCCUUGGAAAAGGUGGUACUCCAAAUGCACAAAAGGAGAUUACUGAGCUCCUGAUAAAUGCAAGAAACAUCGACUUGGAGUUGAAUAAUAAAAGAGGAUACAACCUGCUACAUCACGCUGCCUUGACAGACAAUCCACAUGCUACUCGUCUUUUGAUCAAGAAACAAGGAUCUCUGGUUGACAUCCAGAAGGAUGACGGCUACGCGGCUCUUCACCUCGCAGUACAUAUGAACAAUCGGAAUAUUGCAGAAAUACUUAUCACAGAGGGGCAUUGUGCUAUUGAUCUUUACAACGAGCAGCAUCAAACGCCCUUGUUGCUUGCAGUCGCCAACGGUCGUACUGCCAUCAUCGAAGACCUGAUCAAGCACGAUGCUGAUAUCAACUCGUCAGAUGGUGACGGGGACAGUUGCCUUCACAUCGCAGUGAUGAAAUACAGACAGGGGCAGGAUAUUUCUGAUACUGAUAAUCUGAGAACGCAUGGACACACAUCCAAACGUCGUGUGGUGACGGGCAAAAGCGUUGAUGUCAAAGUAGGAGAUCACCAAAGCUCAGUGCUCAGUCCUCUCCUCUUCAUCAUCGUAAUGAAUGUCAUCGCAAAGGACAUCCGGGAAGGCUUUUCAUUGGAACUGCUCUACGCAGAUGAUUUGGUGCUGAUGGCUAAGAGUGAGACAGAGAAAACAGGAGAGUACCCCUGCGGAGUUUGCUAUACAGGUGUUGGAGCAAACUCAAUCAGAUGCACCAAAUGCAGGAGCUGGAUCCAUCGCAGAUUAAGUGGAAUAUGUGGUAGCCUGCAAGCAGCAAGUAAGACAUUCAUCUGUAAGAGAUGCUUAGGUACAAUCUCACAGAAGUGUACCAAGGACAAUGUGACAGGUCUGGAUCUCCAUGGAACGACGUAUGAUAAGGUGGAUAAGUUCUGCUACCUGGAAGACAUGUUGGCUGUCAGGGGAGGAGAGACUGCAGCUGUGACUGCAAAAAUCCAAAGCGCUUGGAAAAAGUUUCGUGAACUCUCUCAUUUCCUCACCUCAAGGGCGACACCGUUAAGAGUGAAAGAGAAGGUGUAUGAUGCCUGUGUUAGAAAAUGCAUGACGUACGGAAGCGAAGCAUGGGCAAUGAAAUCAUCUAGUGUACAGCGAAUGGAAAAGGCUGAGAUGAGGACGUUCCGAAAGAAGUAUCGUGAACAUGGAAUCACCAAGCCUCUUACUGCUCUAAUGUGUUAUCUUGUACAAGAGGGUGCAGACAUCAGUCAGACUAAUCUCAAGAAACACACACCACUCAAGGAUCUGAAAGAGGUUGACAUUCAAAAUGUUCUGGAGUACAUCGCUAUCAAGGUAGAAAGAGAGAAGCGUGAGUACAUCAACUUUUUCAAGUUAGAAGCUACUGAUGGUGGUCAAGAGAAGCAGCCAUCUACUUCUAGUGGCGGGAGUAAUGCAGACCAACAUGAUCGCAAUGAUCCUUCGGAAUCACCAAGAGGCCCACUUUCAGAUGAAUCUUUUUGUGGAUUCCACGUCAUAAUGGAUCCUAAAAAGGUGAUACGUGAAGAAAUGAUCGGGAAAGGUGGCUUUGGUGAGGUUUGGAAGGGCCAAUGGGAAGGUAAACCUGUUGCAGUCAAGGUCCUUACCACAGACGGUAGUCAAGAUUCUGAAGUAGAGAAGGAGAUUGCAAUCCAUAAGUGUGCCCGUCAUCGAAACAUUGUUCGGAUUAUGGCGGUUUGUCACCAACGUUCACCUGCACAGGCUUUGAUCGUCAUGCAGCUCAUCGAGGGGAGUAAUCUCAAUACGGUCAUCUUCCUGGAUGAUAAUCCUUUUGAUUACCUGGAGAAGGUAGAGUUAUCUAAGGAUCUUCUGUCAGCAGUCACCUUUCUCCACCAGUCUAAGAUACUCCAUCUCGACAUCAAACCACAUAAUGUUAUCGUUGAAUCAAAGACGAAGAAGCCAUAUUUGUGUGACCUUGGUCUGGCACACAUCAAGACGAGGUCAAUCAUGUCAUGUCCCUCCCUCUUGCCUGCCAGAGGUACAAUCAGGUACAUGCCUCCUGAAUGUUUUACACGAAAGGAUGGUAACAUGCCUGCAUCAUCGGCAUGCGAUGUCUGGUCCUUAGCCUGUACAUUACUUGAGGUCUUCUCAGGACAAUGCGUCUGGCCUACGGUCCCCAAUCCAGCAGCUGUACUAUGCAAUACGUUCGCGGGUGCUGAUGUCAUGCCAGCUAGUGUGAAGGACCUCGCUCCAAACAUAAAGAAAAUUCUGAAGCCAUGCUUUCAGAAAGAGCCAUCCGAACGUCCGUCAGCGGAAUCGAUGAUGCAGCAGUUCAGUGGGCUGAGCUGCCCUUAAGGCUCGUUCAGAUACGACACUGUAAACCGCCGCAAAAACCUCCCAUGGUUUUUGCUUGUAAUA